CUGUGGGUAGGCGGCGGCGGCGGCGGCGGCGUCCGGGCUGAGGGGCCGCGGCGGAGCGAGGCCGCGCGCGCCGAAGAUGGCUGAGAAGCAGAAGCACGACGGGCGGGUGAAGAUCGGCCACUACGUCCUAGGGGACACGCUGGGCGUCGGCACCUUCGGCAAAGUGAAGAUUGGAGAACAUCAAUUGACAGGCCAUAAAGUGGCAGUUAAAAUCUUAAAUAGACAGAAGAUUCGCAGUUUAGAUGUUGUUGGAAAAAUAAAGCGAGAAAUUCAGAAUUUAAAACUCUUUCGCCAUCCUCAUAUUAUCAAACUCUAUCAGGUAAUCAGCACUCCAACGGAUUUCUUUAUGGUAAUGGAAUAUGUGUCUGGAGGGGAAUUAUUUGAUUACAUCUGUAAGCAUGGACGAGUUGAAGAGCUGGAAGCCAGGCGGCUCUUCCAGCAGAUCCUGUCUGCUGUCGAUUACUGUCACAGGCAUAUGGUUGUCCAUCGAGACCUGAAACCAGAGAACGUGCUGUUGGAUGCACACAUGAAUGCCAAGAUAGCCGAUUUUGGGUUGUCAAACAUGAUGUCAGAUGGUGAAUUUCUUCGGACUAGUUGUGGAUCUCCAAAUUACGCUGCACCUGAAGUCAUCUCAGGCAGACUGUACGCGGGUCCCGAGGUGGACAUCUGGAGCUGCGGUGUGAUCCUGUAUGCCCUUCUUUGUGGCACUCUCCCGUUUGAUGAUGAGCAUGUUCCUACACUGUUUAAGAAGAUUCGAGGAGGUGUUUUUUAUAUCCCAGAAUAUCUCAACCGCUCUGUUGCCACUCUUCUGAUGCAUAUGCUGCAGGUAGACCCCCUGAAACGAGCAACGAUCAAAGACAUAAGAGAACAUGAGUGGUUUAAGCAAGACUUGCCCACUUACUUAUUUCCUGAAGACCCCUCCUAUGACGCUAAUGUCAUUGAUGAUGAGGCUGUGAAAGAAGUAUGUGAAAAGUUCGAGUGUACAGAGUCUGAAGUCAUGAACAGUUUAUAUAGCGGGGACCCUCAAGACCAGCUUGCCGUGGCUUACCAUCUUAUCAUUGACAAUCGGAGAAUAAUGAACCAAGCCAGUGAAUUCUACCUCGCCUCCAGUCCUCCAGCCGGUUCUUUUAUGGAUGACAAUGCCAUGCAUAUCCCCCCAGGACUGAAACCUCAUCCAGAAAGGAUGCCACCUCUCAUAGCAGACAGCCCCAAGGCAAAAUGUCCACUGGAUGCACUAAAUACAACGAAACCCAAAUCUUUAGCUGUGAAAAAAGCCAAAUGGCAUCUUGGAAUCCGUAGUCAGAGCAAACCAUAUGACAUCAUGGCCGAAGUGUACCGAGCAAUGAAGCAGCUGGACUUCGAAUGGAAGGUAGUGAAUGCAUACCAUCUUCGUGUAAGAAGAAAAAAUCCGGUGACUGGUAAUUAUGUGAAAAUGAGCUUACAGCUUUACCUGGUUGACAACAGAAGCUAUCUUUUGGACUUUAAAAGUAUUGAUGAUGAGGUAGUAGAGCAGAGGUCUGGUUCCUCCACACCGCAGCGUUCCGGCUCUGCUGCUGGCUUGCACAGGCCAAGGUCAAGUUUUGAUUCCACCACCACAGAGAGUCAUUCACUUUCUGGCUCCCUCACUGGCUCUCUGACGGGGAGCACUUUGUCUUCAGUUUCACCUCGCCUGGGCAGUCACACCAUGGAUUUUUUUGAAAUGUGUGCCAGUCUGAUUACUACGUUAGCCCGUUGAUGAUCUGUGUCUAUCUUUCUGUUCCUGCACUGUGAAAAAUCAUACGUAGUUUUUAAAUUAUUAUCUUGCUUCUGGAUGUCACAAAUCUGCGAUACUGAUUGAGAGAAAUGAAUAUUUCCAGGAAUACUCAUCCGAGUUACAGAAAAAAAGUCUGACAUCUAAUUUACCUAUAGAUCUCUGCAAUUGUAAUGUUUUCCCUGUGAUAAAUUCACAUUGACAGUGUCUUUAAUUGUUGGACAUCAGUGAAGAUCAUUUUUGCAGUUGUGCGUUCACCGCAGAAGUACACAGCUCUCUGAGGAACUCUCUCACCAGAAGAGUGGUUUGAAAUACCUCCCUACGUCACUGUUUAAUGUAGGUUAAUCACAUUUGAU